AUGACCACCUACUCGACCGACCCCGCCCUCUGGAUCUACACGUCCCUCACAGCCGGAUCCUCCCACAUUGUCACGGCCACCUCUCGUCUCGAGACCAUCCUGCGCGCCAACCGCAUCCCCUUCAAGGCUGUCGACAUUGCCACCGAUGAGAAGGCUCGUAUGCUAUGGGGCCGUCGUGCCGGCAAGGAUGAAUCUGGGAGGAAGCGCAAGAUGCCGGCCUUGGUUCAGGAGGGUCUCGUCCUAGGUGACAUUGUAGAGAUUGAAGACUGGAACGAACACGGCGAACUGAUGCAGCACGUCAAGAUUUACUACGACGAACACACCAUCCCAGACAUCCACAACAAGCACCCCCCCUCCAAGCUCCGAAAGCCGGUCAAGAAGAAGCCCGCUGCUCCUUCUGGUCCUGCUGCUGCCGCCGCUGCCGUUGGCUUGGAAGCCGCUGCAGCAUCCAAGUCGACCGAAGACGUCACUUCGACAUCGACCGCCACCCAGGGUACCCCUGCACCUCCGAACCCGCCCCCGGCUCCCGUGCCGGGUCAGACCAAGCCUACACCCAUCCCCACCACCAAGACAGAACCUGGUGCCGGUGCCCCCAAGGCCAAGGAGAUCAAGAAGGAGGAACCUAAGCCUCUGCAGUCCGUCGCCGAUGAGGCCGCCCAGAAGGCCAAGGAGCUCCGUCUCAAGAGCCUGCGUGAAAAGGUUCACGGCAAGAAGUCGGGCAGUACAUCUUCGACUGGGACUUUCGAAAAGGAGGAGGCUGAGGCCAAAUCCGAGGACAAGGCCGGGGGCAAGUCUGAGGGCAAGUCUGAAGAAAAGGCCGGGCUCAAGGAAGAGGCCAAGGAAGAUGGUGCCAAGAAGGAUACCAAGACUAAAGUCGUGGAAGGCAAGAAGGAUGAGGAUGUUGAUAAAGAUUCAGACGACGACAACGACGACGAUGACGACGACGACGACGACGGUGACGACAAGGACACCAAGGCAAAAGAUAGCAAGGCGGAAGCGGCCGACGACAGUGAUGACGACGACGAUGGCAGAGACAAACAAGAUGGAAAGAAAGCUGCUAAGAUAACCUCCACGGAAGAGGUCGCCAAGGAGAAUCCCGACGACCUCACAGCCAUCAGCAUGACAGGUCUGCAGUCCCCCACAACGGGAAAGUGGCGGCAAGACGACACUGACGAUACUACGAGUCACGUCCAGAGUCCUAGGACCGCGACGUGGAGGCUCCCCGUACGAACCAUGCCUCCCCCCUCGGCCGUCAAGCAAGAAGCCAGCAACAACGACGACGAUGAUGAAAGCGACGACGACAAGAAGGAGUCGAAAAAGACGGCUAGCAGCUGCUCCUCCUGUGCUUGUUGA